AGAUGGUCCAAUGAGAGAACUUGUUUUCGAUUAAUUCCCAGAAGUGAUCUUGUUGGACUAUCGGUCGUGUUCCGAAUUAUAUCGGAACACGACCGAUAUAAUUAUAUCGGAAAAAGUAAUCAAAAUAUUUUCAAACUAAGUGUAAUAUAUAUAUAAAGUUUGAAAAAUACUCCGGUGCAGAUAUCUUGACGUGAAUAAUGUUCGUCCAAACGGAUUGAUGCGGAGCGGAGCAACGUAGAAAUGGGAAAUAAUAUAUUCGAAAUCCUAAUUGAAUCAUGGAGUUCCUAGGAGAAAUUUUAACUUUCGGUAUUGACACUGUCAUAUUUGCUAUCUGCUUGAGACAAUAUAUUCACUGCAGGAAUGCGAUUAAGGCGAUUCAGAAUGUCGAGCUGCAUGACGUUGGGGCAGAUUUGGAAAAUUUAGUGAACAAUACACAUAAUAAAAUAGAUUACAUUGCUGUCAGGGGACUUGUAAAGCCAUUAGGAGAACCAUUACAGAGCAUUGAUAAAAAAAAUGUUCUUGGAGUUAUACAAAAGCUUAGUGUUAAGGAACAUGUUAUUGCUAGAACGUCUGCUGGGUUUUGGUCUGAUCAGAAACGAACAAUGCAAAAAGUAUACAAUGUAGUACCAUUUGCUUUGAAAAAUGGAUUUUAUUAUGCAGAAGUAAUAGAUCCAUUAUCUGCCAACAUUUUAGACUUGGAUGUAAUCUCAAACCAUUAUGAGCCUAUUGUCCCUACAAUAUUUGAUCAUUUGUGGGGAUUUUUAACAGGAAUACGCCAGCGUGGUUUGCAAACUACAGAGAAAAUGUUACGUGUGGACUCGGUUAUCACAGUAAUAGGUGAGCUUUCGAAGUCAGAAACUAAAUCUGGCAUGCUUACGUUGCAACCUCCAUUAAAUGGAUCUCCUUUUUAUAUAACAAGCAUGUCCAUUACUGCCCUGAUAAGGAAAAUUGAUGAUCAUAGGAGAAUGUACAGAUUAGUUUGCAUAAUAUGCGGCGCGGUAGGAUUAUUAAUUGGAGGAACUGUAAUAAGACGUUACUGGAAAGAUAAGGAGCGGAAAAGAACUGCGGAGGAGUUGCGACGUAACCUUGAAACUUCUCGCAGGGAAAGACGGCAAAGAGUCAGAGAUGCUGAUCUAAGAGCAGAUCAGAUGUGUGUAAUAUGCAAUACAAACGCACGUGAAAUUAUUCUACUACCUUGUGGUCACGUGUGUAUAUGUGAAGAUUGUUCAAGUAGCAUCAAUGAUAAUUGUCCAAUUUGUAGGACUCGAAUCACACAAAAAGCAGCUGCAUAUAUUAUAUAAAUCUUACAUAUAUAUAUCUUUUGUAACCAAAUUUAAGACAUGUUCCUAUUAUAAUGAAAAAGCAAAUAGGACGUAAAAAUAAUAAGUGAGAUUUAAUUAAAACACGA